AGAUAAAGAUGGAAUGGAACUUAAACAAAGACAUACAAACAGUGAAGAGGGUCCGAAUGUAAAAGUAGAUGUUCAGGCGAUCAAGCUUAAAAGGAGUCUGGGCCUUAUCAGUGGUACCUCAAUCAUCGUAGGAACUAUCAUAGGAUCAGGAAUUUUCAUUUCUCCUAAAGGAGUGCUUCAGGAGACAGGAUCUGUAGGUCUUAGUCUAAUAGUAUGGACAGCAGGAGGACUUUUAUCGCUGAUGGGUUCGCUCUCUUAUGCUGAGCUUGGAACUUUGAUUACAAAGUCAGGCGGGGAAUACCCGUACAUGAUGGAAGCCAUGGGGAGAGUUGUGGCUUACCUGUUCGCUUGGACCAAGAUCAUUGUACUCACCCCGUCCUCCAUGGCCAUCAUCUGCCUGACUUUUGCCGAAUACUUUAUUACUCUGUUUGACUUCUGUGGAGAGCCUCAAAUACCGAAGAAAAUUGUUGCCGCGCUAGCUAUGAGUAAGAUGCUAGUAUCGAAUAAAGAAACUUUUCACAUUGCGACAUGAAGAAUACAAGAGUACAAUUCAA